AGGCAGGAGGGAAGCAGGGAAGGCGGGGAGGAGGGCGCUGGGCGCUGAGGCCCCACCUUUCAUUCCAGCGAACUGCGCCAGCAGAGCAGCAAUGAGUCACAGGCGCGGGUGCUCGGAUUCCCAUAGGUGAGGGACUGACUCCUCUCCCCGGAAAGCGCAGGGCUUUCCUCGUGGAGUGGCCUCAGCAGGGUGCUGGAGCGCUUGGUCUGCCCGGCCUGGUCUCCGGGGCCGGGACUGGGUUUCCCUCAUGUAUGGUAAGAGCCCUGCGCGUGCUGCGCUUUUUCUCCUGGGCGUACAGCUCACAGUUUUUUGGCCAUUAGCAGCUGUGGAAAUUUACACCCCCCGUGUGCUGGAGGCUGUCAAUGGAACAGAUGUUCGGUUAAAAUGCACUUUCUCCAGCUUUGCUCCUGUGGGCGACGCUCUAACAGUGACCUGGAAUUUCCGUCCUCAAGAUGGGGGGCCUGAGCAGUUUGUUUUCUACUAUCACUUGGAUCCCUUCAAACCCAUGAGUGGGCGUUUCAAGGACCGGGUGGUCUGGGAUGGGAACCCUGAGAGGUACGAUGCCUCCAUCCUCCUCUGGAAGCUGCAGUUUGAUGACAAUGGGACGUACACCUGCCAGGUGAAGAACCCACCUGAUGUUGAUGGGCUGAUAGGGGAGAUCCGGCUCAGCGUUGUGCACACUGUACGCUUCUCUGAGAUCCACUUCCUGGCUCUGGCCAUUGGCUCCGCCUGUGCACUGAUGGUCAUAAUAGUAAUCGCGGUGGUCCUCUUCCAGCAUUUCCGAAAAAAGCAAUGGGCUGAAAGAGCUCAUAAAGUGGUGGAGAUAAAAUCAAAAGAAGAGGAAAGUCUCAACCAAGAAAAAAAGGCCUCUGUUUAUUUAGAAGACACAGACUAACAUUCUUAGAUGAAAGCUGAAGAUUUCCAAGAACAAGAACCCUAAGAUAAGUGAAGCUAAUGGAAGCUUUACUUUGGCUUUUCCAGUUGUGACCCGUCUUCCAGCCAGCUCAGCAGUAUAUAACCACCUAGACAAGCAACACUCCUCUGGAGCCAGCAUAGGGCCCUUCUUGAGCAGAUACCACCAGAUCCAUAUACAGCCCUGUUACUAAGGUUCUGUUUAAUUUCAGAGUGCAAAUAUUUUUCAAAUGCUCAUUAGUUUUUGUAUACUAAGCAGCUACAUUUUUGCCCUUAAAUACUCCUUGUGGAUUAUGGCUUAUAUACACAUAUAUUGGCAUCAAAUGGGAUAAAAGCCAAUUUGUCAGAACAUUUCCUUUAAUAUAUUAAUUUCUUAGGGCAGCAUUCUUGUUACUAAAAUUAAUGUGUUUCCUUCUCACACUCUCAAUUAAAAGGUGAGCUAAUUCUCCCAGCUGUUUUUGAUUGAUUAACAGAACAUCCUAAAUUCAAACUGUUAAAGAACAGUUUGAUUUUUAUGGCUCUCCUUAAGUAUGGGACACAUCUUGUUUAAUUGAAUUUUUUUCAAUGUCCUAGAUGGUAGGUUUUUGGGUUUUUUUUUUUUUUUUUGUCUUUGUUUUUUGUUUUUGGUCAAGUGAUCCAAGGUUUAUGACAGCACAAGUCUACACCUGAAUAAUAGGGAAGGGUACAUAAAUGUUAAUAGACUGACAAAUAUCGUCUCAAGAUGAAUUGCUUGUUACCUUUUUUCUGUACUGUGAAAGGCAAUCAAUAGCACAGAUCUUUCAUGAGCAGUGAAUGACUGUUUAGCUUAUUAUGUUUUUUCCCCCAAUUCAGUUAUCUAUAACAACAGAGCAAAGUCAGUGCUCAUUUGUAGACUGGAAUAAUUAAGCAGUUAAAAUGAAGGAUUCUGAAAUAGUAAUAUAUUACAAUUAAAAAAUUUAGGGCUGGUGAAAAAAAUCAACCCCAAAUGAUGAUAAUUUUGUAUAGUGUUAUACAAAGCUCUGAGAAUUGCAAGAUAUUAUUUAAAUUUUCCUUCCCUUCCCUUCCCUUCCCUGCCCUGCCCUUCCCUGCCCUUCCCUUCCCUGCCCUUCCCUGCCCUGCCCUUCCCUGCCCUGCCCUUCCCUGCCCUUCCCUUCCCUUGCCCUUCCCUUCCCUUCCCUUGCCCUUCCCUUCCCUUGCCCUUCCCUUCCCUUGCCCUUCCCUUCCCUUGCCCUUCUCUUUCCCUUGCCCUUCUCUUUCCCUUUUUCUUUUCUUUUUUUUUUGUCUUAACUCACUUGCUUGUUUCAGGGGAGGAAGGAUUUGGUAUGGCGACAAAGAAAUACCAAAACUAACAGAAUGAAACCAACUUUAUUCUUUUUGUCCCUUACACAGGUAGAUAAAAGAAAUUUUAUAAGUGGAUUACAGAAAGAAGAGUGCUUUUAAAAAAGUAUCUAGUUUCCCAGUGUCUUUCCAAAUUAAUGCUACAGGAGCAUUUAUUCAAAGAACUGAAAACAUCUAAAAGUUUAGGCACUCCCUCCCCCCAAAUCUUUACAGCUUGAUAUUUUCAGCUUUCACCAACUGGGCUGAAGAUGUUAUUUCUUUUAACAAACUGGAAUUUCCAAAUAGGUUUUCUGUAUUUAAAGCUGCUGAACUUUGAUAUUUUUCCCAAUACUUAAAAAAAACUGGUAUAACUUACAUAUGAACCCUGAUUCUGAAAUACAUUUUAUACUUAUCUCAUUUUGCCUUUUAUACGAUUUAAAAAGUAAAGUUUCAACACACAGUUUUGAAACUAAAAAUUAGAUUCAAGUCUAUAUUACCUUUCAUUCACAUUUUCUAUUUUUCUCUAUAAUUCAGCCUUUGAAAAGACUGUAACUGGAUAUUUCUUCAAACAGCCUGGAUGAUGUUCCAUAAUUGUAAAGAAGUAGUUUUAAACUCAAGGAAAGUCUUUCCAGCAAAACUUGUAGCUUGUGUCUUGGCUAAAUACUCGAGGGUUAAUACAGCCCUGCUGUUCAGUGUCUUCUUAAAGAGAACUUUUGUAUUGUAAUUUAUUUUUUAUUGUGUCUUAAACACUUAUGUAAAUAACCUUCAGUAAUAAAGAAUUACCAAUUAUAUAA